AUGGGAAAUUGUUAACAAUGCACUAAUUUUACACUAGAAAAUAAGACAGCAGAAAUAAAAACAAAAUUAACAAAAUCCAAACAUACACUGAAUUUUGCUAAUAAAUUUACUCCCCAAAAUAUUGAGGGAGUAAUCAAAAUUCAAGCUGUCUUCAAAGGAUAUAUAACUAGAAAGUAUUACUUUCAUUAAUAAUAUUUUAUUAGAUAAUUUUCCUUAUUAUCCACAUAAUAAAAGCAUAGUUCACCAAUUUUAAAUCAUGACAUUUUAGGAUUUGAAACUUUCACAAAUAUUAAUGAUUCUCCAAAUUAACCUCAGUCUCUUAUACUAAAAUAAAAUUUGAUAUAAGAUAAACUACAAGAAGAAGAAGAAGAAAAAAGUAAAAGAUAGGUUGAAGUCAAUUAAUAAUUAUGUUAAUCAAAUUGCAACAAGGAUAUUCAAGAAAAUCAAAGUUAGGUUUCAGAAUUUAGCCAUCCAUCAAGUUUAAAAAAAUAAUUCUCAUUUGAUAUGACAAGUCUAUGCUUUAUUCCUAAAACAAAAAACGAUUAAUUAUUGAUAUUAUCCCAAACAUAGAUUAAACUACCAAUCAUAUAAAUGGUAAAUGGAGCUUAUUAUGAGGGAUAAUGGAAGAAUGGGAAAGCCUAUGGCUUUGGUAAAUAUAUUAUGGUUGAUACUUCAUCAUAUGUAGGAGAAUGGGUCAAUAAUAAAGCCAACGGUUUUGGUACAUUUUAAUUGAUAGACGGAGAAUUUUUUAUGGGUCAUUGGAUUGAUAAUGUAGUAGAAGGUUAAGGUAAAUAUACAUUUGUUGAUGGUACCUUUUAUGAAGGGGAAUGGAAGAAUGAUUUACCUAAUGGCAUUGGUGUUCAAACUUACUCAAAUGGUUGGAGAUAUGAAGGUAUUAAUAUUGUAUAUCUAAGUAAGGAAGUUUUCUAAAUGGAAUCAAGAAUGGAUAAGGAAUAUUAAGAUUUCCAGAUGGUUCUAUUUAUGAAGGAUCAUUUGAGAGAGAUGUGCCUUCAGGUAUAGGUACUCUCAAAUUUUAAGAUGGGAGAAUUUACACAGGAGAAUGGAAAAAUGGACUAAAAUAUGGAAAGGGAGUAUUUCAAUGGCCAGAUGGAUCCAAAUAUGAUGGUUAUUACAUCAAUGAUGAAAGAGAAGGAUAUGGUAUUCUAUAUUGGCCAAAUGGUUAAAAAUAUCUAGGAUUGUGGAAACAAGGAUUAUUUCAUGGUAAUGGAUAAAUUAUUAAACCUAAUGGAACUUCUAUAAAGGGAAAGUGGAUUAAAGGAAAAAGAAUCUAAUCAAAAUUAAAUACUAAUGUAUCAGGAAAAACAAAAACAUCUUAAAUUGACUGA